AUGGUGAGGCUCCCGUACCUGACCGCGCUCACCACGCUCUUCAGCUACGGCCUCCUCUUCGCCUUCGGCCACUUCCGCGACUUCUUCCGCCGGAUCCUCGACGCCGGCAAAUCCAGCAACCUCAAGGGUUACGCGCCCAUUUGCCUGGGGUACGAGGAUUUCUACACGCGCCGCCUCUACCUCCGCAUCCAGGACUGUUUUGGCCGACCUAUUGCCAGUGCGCCCGAUGCUUGGUUUGAUGUAGUUGAGCGUCACUCAAAUGACGGCAACAAGACACUCCAACGUACCACAAAAACAUCCAAGUGUCUUAACUUGGGUUCCUACAACUACCUUGGUUUUGCUGCAGCAGAUGAGUACUGCACUCCUCGUGUUAUUGAGUCACUCAAGAAAUACUCUGCCAGUACUUGCAGUGCCAGAGUUGAUGGAGGAAAUACUAAGCUGCACACAGAGCUCGAGGAACUAGUUGCACGAUUUGUUGGCAAGCCUGCAGCUAUUCUUUUUGGCAUGGGUUAUGUGACAAACUCUGCGAUCAUUCCUAUUUUGAUUGGGAAGGGGGGGCUGAUAGUUAGUGAUUCACUGAACCAUAUUUCUAUAGUGAAUGGAGCCAGGGGUUCAGGGGCUACUGUCCGGGUUUUUCAACAUAACAACCCUGCACAUCUGGAAGACGUACUGAGGGAGCAGAUUGCAGGGGGGCAACCUCGUACACACAGGCCAUGGAAGAAGAUAAUUGUGAUUGUUGAGGGAAUUUAUAGCAUGGAAGGGGAGUUAUGCAACCUUCCUGAGAUUAUGGCUGUCUGCAAGAAAUACAAGGCCUACACAUAUUUAGACGAGGCACACAGUAUUGGAGCUGUUGGAAAGACUGGAAGAGGUGUAUGUGAACUACUAGGAGUGGAUCCAGCUGAUGUCGACAUCAUGAUGGGAACAUUUACAAAAUCGUUUGGAUCGUGCGGAGGUUAUAUUGCAGCAUCAAAAGAGAUCAUUCAACAUCUCAAGCACGCAUGCCCAGCCCAUAUUUAUGCAACAUCCAUGUCGCCUCCAGCAGUCCAGCAGGUCAUCUCUGCGAUAAAGGUCGUCCUUGGGGAAGAUGGAUCUAACAGAGGGGCCAAGAAACUUGCUCAGAUUCGGGAGAACAGCAAUUUUUUCCGUUCAGAGCUUCAGAAAAUGGGUUUUGAGGUGCUGGGAGAUAAUGACUCACCUGUCAUGCCUAUCAUGCUUUACAAUCCUGCUAAAAUUCCUGCAUUCUCAAGGGAGUGCUUGAGACAAAAUGUUGCUGUUGUGACUGUUGCAUUUCCUGCAACGCCACUACUACUUGCCAGAGCUAGGAUAUGUAUCUCAGCUUCUCAAUCAAGGGAGGAUCUAAUUAAAGGGUUGGAGGUUAUCAGCAAAGUUGGUGAUCUCAUCGGAAUCAAGUACUUCCCCGUUGAGCAAGAGAAGCAACCGCAGGAGCAGCACAUCCACGGCGCCGCCAUGGUCCCAACCACUAGGAAUCACCUGGCGCAGCACCAUGAACCCAGCGGCAAGAACAGCAAACCGCCGCCGUCGUACUACUCCGGAUACUACAUCGCCUCCCAGCUGGAGGCUGCCUCGGCGGCCGCUCACGGCGUCGACGCCCUCAAGCUGCAGCCGUCCAGGCUCCCUCGUCGGCUAGCCAUGGCCGGCGACGACAACGACAACGCCGAGGAGGAGGCGGCGGCCGGCACGAGCUCCCGGGGCGGCGGAGGGGACUACGAGGACGGCGGCAACAAGGACUGGCUCCGGCUUGGUCUCGGUGCCGUGGCGUCGUCCUCGUCGACCACCACGUCCUCCUCCUCCGCUGGAGGCGACAACGACGGCGCCAGGGCUGCUCCGAUGGAGCUGGACCUGCUCGCCGGCGGCGACGGUAGAGAAAGCUCGAGGGUGACGAGCCGGCCGCCGCUGUUCCCGCUGCCCAUCAGGAGCUAUCACCACCAGUACGGCCACGGCUGGUAUCGGCCGACGACGGCGGCGAGCGGGUCCAUGACGCCGGCGCCGCCGUUCUUGCAGUUCGCGCGGCCGCUGAGGAGCUGCUCCGCCGAUCUCUUGAGAGUCGUCAGCCCACCGACAAGAACGGAGGCCGCCGGCUUGUGGCUAACUCUUCAGGCAGCUCCCAACCAAGUUAGAGAGCCCAUUUUGCCUCAGAUACCAAAGAGCUACCUAAGAAUCAGGGAUACCAGCAUGAAGGUGGAAGUGGUGCUGAAGUACUUGGCGGAGAAGCUAGGACUCUCACAAUCUCAUCAGGUGGAGCUGACAUGCCGAGGGCAUCUCCUUCCUCCCUUCUUGCAGAUGAGAUACGUGAGGGACAGCAUCUGGCGCGGCUCACCGGCGCCGAGCCAAGAGGAGGAGGCCGGGCUGCCAUGUCGGCACUCACCGGCCACAACUACCACUGACCAUGUCAUGAUACUCUUUUACAGCAUAAGUGUAGGGAACCACUAG